ACACCCCUGUUGUUACAACGCCCACCCCCUGUAAACAACCCAAGUGAAGUGCAGUGUUGACGUGUGUGGCUCGAUUACGGAUAUACCACGACAAGCGCUUGCGAGCACGCUAAAAUGCAUUAGAUUCAGCCUAAUUGCACAUCAUUAUAUUAUUAUAAGUUAUACAUGCUGUGCAAGCGUGGGAUGGUUGGUCUGAAAAUAGCAUAACAUUAGCAAACAACGCGUAACACAAGUCAAUGUUACGUCACGUGGUGUGAGUAGGGCGGCCAUCUUUCUCUGAAAACACAAACAACAAGAGUAAGGAGCAGACUUCUCGACUGGACAUCAACACGCAGCGACCGUAGGAGAGGGGGUAAACAAAUCAAACAUUGAACACGACUUCAUGAGAGUAUCAGUACCAUUCUGUUGGAGGAGGAUGUUUACAGAAAGAGAAAGGAAACCAAUGCAUAUGAAUUAAAACCGAAGAUUGUACAGAACAAAACGUAUUUAAAAAUAAAUAAAUAAACUCCAUUAAUUCAAAGCAGUUUGAAGGGAGGUGGACAAGAAUCAAAGGUGUCGUCACCUAGAGGGUCAGUCAAGCCACAUUUCAGUCGGAGAGGAAACGACAGGAGAGAAAAGCAGGAGAGGAGGAGGGAGAGAGUCGCGUCUGCUCCUGGCAGCUGUUUCAGCAGCCUGUUCUGUUUUCCCCUGCGUUUUGAUUUAAAUCGAGAUUAAUCUUCUUUUUUUCCCAUGUCAAAUGUGAUAUUACUGCUGUUGUCGUAAUCAUUAUUGUUACUAUCGAGUAUUUUAUUUUGUUUGUUUUCGUCAACUCGUUUUCGGAUUAUUCCAGUUUCUUGUUGUUGUUUUUUUUUCUACAACUUUUUUUCCCCAGUUGUGAGCAGAGGCUUCUUCCAAACUGUCCUCAUAUCCAUACCAGUACUCUAUCCCCUAUACACACCUGAAACAGGCAGCUAUUCUCUAUCUCUGUGUGUGUUGGGGAGCUCUGUUACCACAGCUGUGUAAGCACCACUCAGCCUUCUCACUCAGCCUUCUCACUCAGCCUUCUAAGCCAGUCCUAGCCUGGUCCAGCGAAGUCCAGCCUGGUCCACUCUUCUGGACAGGAUAUGGUCUGAUGUUGGCUAGGCUACUUUGAAGCAAGAUACUCAGCUCUGUAAAGACGUGAGGAAUAUGACUGCUGAGACACUUAACUUCGGCCCAGAAUGGCUCCGUGCACUAUCCAGUGGGGGGAGUGUGACGUCCCCCCCUCCUUCCCCCGCCAUGCCAAAGUACAAGCUGGCCGAGUAUCGCUACGGCCGAGAGGAGAUGUUAGCACUUUAUAUCAAAGAGAACAAGGCCCCAGAGGACAUGCAGGAUAAAGAGUUUGCUGCUAUUCUGCAAGAUGAGCCCAUGCAGCCGCUGGCACUGGAGCCUCUCACUGAGGAGGAGCAGAGGAACUUCUCCAUGUCUGUGAACAGCGUGGCUGUGAUGAGGCUCAUGAGUAAAGGAGGUGGAGUCGCCCCUGCGGGCAUGGCCCGAGGCAGAGGCACCACACGAGGAGGAGGCCGAGGGCGAGGCCGGGGAGAGAGUGGAGGAUUCUACCAAAGAAGUAUUGAGGAGGGAGAGGUGGGCUUCGGCCGCGGAGCCAGAGAGAUCUAUCGCAGCCAGAGCUGGGAUGACAGGGGCGAGAGGCGUUUUGAGAAGCCUGCGCGUGCCAGGGAGGGGGUACGUGUUGGAUUAGAGGAGGUGACGGGUGUACCUGUGCCGGGGGUGCCGAGGAAGGACUACACACGGUCUGACAGUGAGAACUGGCGUACCCUCAGAGAGGAGCAGGAGGAAGUGGAAGGGGCCGACCCAGGAGGCAGCUGGAGACUGGCCGCAGCACGUAGAUUAGAUGAUGGAGGCCCAAGGUCUGCAGGCUGGCGGGAGCACGACGGUCCGGUUGAGGGGCGUCGCAGGAAGUUUGAGUUUGACUUCGGCGGAGGUCGCAGGCGGGCCGGGAGUGAAGGGUUAGAUGACGACAGAGACGGACUGCCUGAGUGGUGCACUGAUGAAGAGGACGGAGAAAUGGGCACCUUCGACGCAUCCGGCGCUUUCCUUCCCCUAUCCAAGGAUGAGGAGUUUGACUUCCAAGGGAUAGAGGAGGAGGAAGAGAGCCUGUCUGGCAUGGAGAGGAUCAUGAAUGGAGGACAGAGAGUUGACGUCAAGGAAUCAGCCAGUGACGGGGAGGUGAAGAACAGAACCAGUCCCCCCUCCUCCUCUGCCCCUCCAGCCCUGGGCCUCAACCCCCCCAUGCCCCAGCUCUCCCUCACAGUGGCUGAGCUGGAGGCCUCUCAGAUGGCCGACAGCCACCCUCUUCCUGCUCUGCUCCCUGCUCCUGCUCCUGCUCCUCUCGCUGUUCCUGUCCCUGCCAAGGCCAGCAAGAUGCCAAGUGAAGUAGUUCCUGAAGGAUCACCAGCAGAGGACUCCACCACCCAGCAGAACCCCAGCACCUCCUCCAGUCUGCCUUCCCCCCCUCCCUCUGUCUCCUCCUCCUCCUCUGCUGCUACUCACCUCCCCCUGCCACCAGGGGGUGACACCGAGGAUGACGAGGGCAUGAAGCACCUGCAACAGGAGGCAGAGAAGAUGGUGGCGUCCCUGCAGGACACAUCUCUUGAGGAGGAGUGUUUUACCCAGACGCUGCAGGAGAGCAGAAACACAGCCUCCGCCCUGCCCCUCUCCCACGACGCUGCCAUGAAGUGGUUCUACAAGGACCCACAGGCAGAGAUCCAGGGUCCGUUCACCACCCUGGAGAUGUAUGAGUGGUUCCAGGCGGGCUACUUCUCCAUGUCUCUGCUGGUGAAGAGGGGCUGCGACGAGGGCUUCCAGCCGCUGGGCGAUGUCAUCAAGAUGUGGGGGCGCGUGCCUUUCGCCCCCGGGCCCUCCCCACCGCCCCUGCUGGUGAGACCUCCACCACCGCGCCCUCAGCCGCUGCCACCCCGGGGUCCUGCUGGUAACAUGGAUCAGGACCGUCUGAAGAAGCAGCAGCAGCAGGACUUGGCAGCAGCCGCUCUCUAUCAGCAGCUCCAGCAGCAGCAGCAGCUAUUCCAGCUCAUCAACAGGUGUGGAGAACAGGGUAUGAUGCCUUCUGUGAACAGGUCGAUGUCAGUGCCAGAUACAGGGUCCAUGUGGGACAUGCAUACCUCAGCUUCACAGCAAUCAGGCGGUGAAGCCAGUUUAUGGGACUUAACAAUGAAUUCUUCAACUCAGGGUCCAACACUCGAACAGCUUCAGAAGCUCCAGCAGGAUAGGAGGGAGGCUGAACUCAGGACAAAGCGCGAAGAGGAGGAGCAGCGCAAGAGGAGAGAGGAGAAAAGGAGGCAGCAGGAGGAGCAGAAGAGGAGGGAGGAGGAGGAGAUCUUCAGACGCAAACAGUGUCGCCAGCAGCAGGAGCUGAUCAUGAAGCUGCUCCAGCAGGCCCCUCAGCAGGGCUCAGGCUCCGGGGUGGGGUCUGGCUGGGGCACUGGGGGCCUCAACAAGCCAGGGGCCAAGGGCCUCAGUCUGCUGGACAUGCAGGAAGCCGAGAGGCUUCUCAAACAGCAGCAGAGAGCCCAGCAGCAACAGAGGGAACGCCAUCAAGGCAUGUCCAUGGGUCAGUGGGGGGACGGAGGUGCUGUCCCAGGGGGCCUGUGGGGAGGCGGAGGGGGGAUGGAGGGUAAGGCUGGAGGCGGAGGGGCCAUGGGUCUGUGGGAGGAGGCGGUGAAGAACCAGUCCAGAGGUGGCAGCAUGCAGGGUCUGAAGAACAGCCGCAGCAGCCCCUCACUCAGUGAGCAGUAUAUGUUAAGUCGUAGGAAGCAGCGUACGGAUGAGGAGGACAAGCUGCUGAAGCUGCUGCAGGGCAUCAAGACGCCUCAGGACGGGUUCACCACCUGGUGUGAACAGAUGCUGCAUGCCCUCAACACCCAAGCCAACAACACCUCCUCCCCACUGGACGUGUCCACCAUCGUGGCGUACCUGAAGGAGGUAGAGUCUCCCUACGAGGUGUUGGACUUUAUCUGCUCCUACCUGGGAGACACCAUGGAAGCCAAAGAGUUCGCCAAGCAGUUCCUGGAGCGCCGUGCCAAACAGAAACAGAACCAGAAGAGGCAGCAGGAGCAGCUAUCAAAGGAAGUAGCAGGGCUGACCAUGAACAACUUCCCUCUGCAGGACUCCAUGCGGGGCGUGAACCCCAGCGCACUGCAGUCUAUGUUCCAGGCGGCCCACAUGGCUAAGGGAGGGAUGUACGAUGCCCAGGGGGGCAUGAAGAAGAAGAAACAGCCCGUGAUGCUGCAGUCUGACCCCAGCAUCCUAGGCUACUCGUUCCACAACGCGGGCGAGCGUCUGAGCCUAAAUGAGAUGGAGAUGGUGGAGGAUUACUGAUCCAGAUCUGAUCAGCAGCGGCAAUAGCUACUACCCGAGGCCUUCUGUCUACUAAUCAGACAAACCUGAUGACGAAUGUGCACUGCUAGGGGAUGGGGGGGGGGGGGGCUCGUAUGGGGACAGGAAGGAGAGGAUUGUUUCACUGACCCCCCCCCAACAACAAAAAAGAGUAGGGCUCCUCUUCCUAAAUCGUUCACUUGAGUGGGUGGAUGAGGUGAAAGGGGGUGUGAUGGGUAUCCCUUGGCACUUGUAAGACUAAGCACCUUAAACUGAACUAAUGCACUUUAUUAUUAAGUUUGAAUCAUUUUUUUUAUGAAUACAGAAUCGGUGUGUGUGUGUGUGUGUGUGUGUGUGAAUCUACACGCAAUGCCGUAUGUAUACAAGUGAAAAUCUGAACUGGAAGGGUGAGGUGAAUGGUUGGUGGGAUAGGCUCACUGGGAGGGGGAACUCAAAGGUAGAGGGGACCUUUAUUUUGAAACCUUAUCAGAAAAAACAAUCUUUUCUUUAAAGACAAACACUGUUGUUUUUUUGUUUUUUUAAGACAAUACAUUUAUAUAAAAAGUAAAGCUUUACAAAAAAAUGGAUACAAAGAAAACUUGAAGAUUUGCACUUGUGUUAAAAAAGAAAGAUAAAAUAAAAAAACAAAUGAGGUUAGGUAUAGAGAUUAAUAUUUUGUGUGUGUGUGUGUGAGGGCUGCUGUGUAUCAGAAACAUACUAGUCUGCACAAUGUAUAUAUUUUUUCCAUUGCUUACCAAGAUGUACGUCAUUUGGUUCAAAUUAGAUACAUUUUUUCUUUUUCUUUCAUGAGUAGAACGUCUGUCCUCUUGUACAGAGGGACUUUCUUUGAAUACUUGUGUGUGAGACCGAGAGUGAGAGGGCAAUCCCACAACACAUCCUUCCUCUCACCAGCUCGUCAUCUCCAGAUAGACGUAGUGGAAACACAUACAUUUGUAGAGGAGGAUUAUGGCUUUAUGUUGUUGACCACCACUUGUUAUUUUUUGUAAAAAAAAAUUCUGUGUGAUUUUGGAGUAUGGGCUAUACCCCUCCCCUGUGGUCUUCUCUCAGCCACAGUCUCUGAGCCUCUGUGAGGUUUCAAACAGACAGUGGUAAGGAUCUUUAGUGUAUGUGUGUGUGUGUGUGUGUACGCCUGUGUCUUUACUAAUCAUAGGAAAGAAGUGAUCCCUACAGGUACUUAUAUCUGUGUGUGUGUGUGUGUGUAUAUAUAUGCAUGCACAUUUUUGCCUUAGAACUCUGAAAGGGUGAAUGGGAGGGAAUGUUCAAUGACCAUUGAGACAUGAACUACUUUUGAGUGUACUGUGAUGUUAAGUUAAAGGAGAAUUAAACUAUUGUUAGGGACCUAAUCUUUAUUUUUCAUGUAAAUGGCAUGUUAUUAGAAAGGGUCCAGACGACAUAUAUUUUUUUUUUUGCAAUUUCAUUUGGUUUUGAGAAACUUACCCAGAAGCGAUCGACUUCCUGGGCCUCAUUCUGAAGUUCCAGGACAUCCCAAAACAUGAAAAACGUGAGAGCUUUUCUGUUUGUAAAAGGAUGUUUUUGGAGCCUUUUCAUGUUUUUUGGAUGCCCCGGAACUCCCGGCUCGAGAAGUCAAUCCCUGCCGGGGUACAUUUUUCAACACCAAGUGAAAAGAAGGGCAAAAAGAAGGGUCUGUAAACCUUGUAUAACAUUCCAUUUACAUCCAAAAUAAAGAUUCUCUUAAGCGCUCUGCACAGUCAAUGUGCAUGUCAGUCAUGUAUCCUAAUAUUUCUAGUAUAGCCUGGGGAUGAAGAUGACUCUUCUUCUUUGUAAGGUUAGUCCGGUUUAGUUUUCCUGGGACGUGAUCACGUUGCCUUGUCGGCUUUCUUUAACUUGCGUGUGAAAGGUGUUGAGUUUCAGAUUCUGCUCAAAACAAUUGUCAUCAAACUGUCUGUGUACAGGACGGUGCACAACAUGUUAGCAUAUUCGUGUUACUUAUGGUUGUUGCUAUUGAUAAUGAUGGUGGUGACUUUUUUUCUGAAUAUAAAUGAACAUUUAUAUAUGAAUAUAUAUAUAUACAAAGAAAAAAAAAAGAUUUGGACUAAGAUUAUGAUAAGCACUUGGGGCUGCUUUUUUUUCUUCUUAAUUUGUUUUUGUUUCAUUACCGCCAUGUGAAGUGCGUUUUGUUAUUUCUUUCUUAAGAAAACUUUGAAUGUAUUCCCCCCCCAAAAAAAAAAAAA